CGUUAGAUUGUAACUUUCAAAACAAAAUCACUAUAACAAAGAAUUCGUUUCGAUCUCCCGAGCACAACCUUACACCACCAGGAAUGAACAGAGAUGGAAUGGUCACCGGGGUGAUAAAAGAUUCGCCCCGAACAGCGGCUGCAGCCCCUCUCCAUCGAAAGAGGCGGCUUCCCUAUUAUCGUGACAACGACUGUUUGAUCGAUGCAAGAAUUACAGACGACAACGUGAGCAGUCCCAGUCAAUUCCCAAGCAAUAAGUGCGGUCACAAACGCCCACUGCCCCGGGUCGGAGUCUUUGGGGUGGACGCGAGAAAAAGAAUAAAUCUGUGGAACAAUGAAGUUGCCGCGAUUGUCUCUUCCACAGCGAGGUUCUCACCGAAGGGCAUUCACAGAGCAGCUUGUUUCGUUCUCGGAACGGACCUCGAUCAACUUUUUCCACCAACAUCCUACCGUAUUGUACCACCGAUGCUAACGUCUACGGGCACUACACUUGGGCAUUUGGUAGAUCAAGUUUUGUGCAAGGGAGAACCUAUUCUUGCAGUAAACGUUGUCGUGGCUAAGAAUACGAAUGUGAACGCUGGAACGAAGCGGCCCUGGUUCAAGUCGGAUGCGAAGGCGAAGCCGAGAACCUUCGGGGAACAGCCGCUGUUUUCCGUCGAUCUACUGCCGCAAUUCGAUGUUGGUAAUGCUACCAUCGAAGACAACGUUGGAACCAUCGUCACCGGCGUUGUUUUGGUGUGCACUACCAGCACACCAACAAUCGAUGGUUCUUCCAGUAAGAAGUUCACAGCAAUCCGCAGAGGGACGGUUUCCCGUGAUAGUUCGAUCACUCUGGAGACGGACUGCUCGGGAUCCGACCCGGACCGUUUGCUGGUUCCGAAACCAAUCGAGCCCAUUUACCACCUACCAGCAUCUCUUCUCUACCAACAGAAGAACCCGGAAUCAUCACCUUUGGCACUUGUACCAGCAACGAAAUCCACAGAGGGGACGGCUCGCAUGACGCUGCCGACGAGAACUCGUUCCGAUGCCCUUCGCCACAGCGACAUCAGCAGCUUGCUCGACAUCCUCGAUUGCGUCGUUUUUGGGGUGGAUCGAUCAGGAACGAUCAACGAGUGGAACCAAAAAACAGCAGAGCUCACCGGCAUCAACACAAACGACGCCAUCGGGCUGUCACUACUGAAAGACGACAGGAUAUCCUCCGUCUUGUUUCGCGCAUCCCAAUCGAACACGAAGAACACAAACAGUAGCCAGGCACCACUGAACCAAAUGCUAGGGCCCCUCUUGUCCGAAGCCUAUGAAGGACGGUCUACACCGUUGUGCCAUCUGAGCGUCAUCCACCGCCACAAAAUCCCGAACCAAUCGUCCCCCAUGAAGAAUCGCACUACAUGCAAGCGAUUGCAGGUCAACGGCAGCGAACCCGACAAAAGCUACCACAAAGGGAAAAAUCAAGAACAAGAGGAAGACCACGAACUCAAGCACCUCGUUGCCAGUAUCUCCMCAAGGUACAACCAGGAACAAAAGGUCGUUGGUGCCGUCUUUCUAGGUCUGGAUACGACCAAGUGCUUCACGAAUUUCCGUACCAUAACGACAACGGCCAACGAGCUGCGCAAGCUGAUCGAUACCGCCAACGCCMCGAUCUUUGGAAUCGAUCAAAAUGGGUACGUGCAGAAGCACCUGGAGCAUCAUUUGUUUCCCUGUUUACGAGUUUCGUUUCUAACAUUUCUGUCGUUAUCAUUGAUGUUUUAUCUUUCAUCUAUGACUGUUUAGCAACGUCAACGAAUGGAACGAAAAGACCGCCGAAAUCACUGGAUACAGAAAGGAAGAUGCCUUUGGGUGUCCGCUUGUAGACACGUUCAUUUUCCCCGAUAUCCAGGAUUCUGUCCGUUCUAUAUUGAGAGAGGCACUCAACAACGGAAAGGGGGCGUCCAACUACGAGCUCGAGUUCCGCACGAAAGCCAACGAAAUACGGCACCUGCUGGUAAACAUCACCCCCCAGUGUGACAUGAACAACGCGGUCGUCGGUGUCGUGCUGAUUGCGCAGGACGUGACCGAAGCCGUCAAGCGGGACCGUGCCGUCGCCAACAUGGCGCUCGAGCUCCGCCAGCUCAUCGAAACGGCCAAUGCGCCUAUUUUCGGUAUCGAUGUCCACGGAAACGUCAACGAAUGGAACACCCGGAUGUCCAACAUCACCGGGUUUGCCAAGGCCAAGGCCUUUGGCAUACCCCUCGUAGAAAACUUUAUUGCCGAGUCCGAGAAGGAGAAGGUAUGGCAAAUCCUAGAGGCCGCCCUUGCUGGAAACGAAACAUCAAACUACGAGGUAGAGGUCACCUCCAAAUCCGGGGAACCGGUGUUCCUAUUGGUAAAUGCCACAACAAGGAGGGAUCCGGACGCCAAUGUGAUUGGCGUCGUGGGCGUUGCCCAGGACGUUACGGAGGAUAGAAAACAGGCCAAGGCCCUUCGUGAAAUGCAAACACUGCGCGCUUCACAGGAGGCGAAGGUGGAAACGGAACGGAACAUGACUGCGUAUUUUGCCCACGAGCUGAGAAACCCGCUCGGCGCUAUCGAUUCGGCUCUAGAAGCCAUGCCCGACAACCUCCCAGAAUCCGCACAGAGCCUCGUCUCUGGGAUGCAACUAUGCACGGGGUUCAUGGCGUCCAUCAUGAACAACCUUCUGGACGUUCGUAAGAUGGAAGAGGGGAAAAUGCGGCUUAGCCGCGCACCGAUAUCGAUCCGCAGUAUUCUACGCAAUGUUCACAAGAUGCUGUCGCCGAGUGUUCGGCCCGGGGUCGAUUUUCGAAAACUCAUCAAUGUCAAGGGGAAAGAUUGGGUCCUUGGGGACGCUCACCGCAUCGAACAAGUACUGACUAAUGUUGUAUCCAACGCGAUAAAGUACACGGUAUCAGGACACAUACAGAUCUCCUUCGAAUGGGAGGGGGACAACCUGAAAUUCAUCUGCGAAGACACGGGCCCCGGCAUUCCAAUCAGCGAGCAGGCACGGCUCUUUCAGAGAUUCGUCCAGCGAGGCGGGGCUCCAGGCACUGGGCUCGGACUCGCCAUUGCAAAGCACAUUGUCGACCUGACAGGGGGGUCCAUCCGGUUCAUAAGCAAUCCUGCCGUAAAGGCCGGGACGACUUGCAUUGUUCUCAUGGCCCUACCGCUGUGCAAGAUACCGGAUACCAUAGCCAAGCAGAACACGGAAAUCAUCCAAGAGGCGAUCUCGGUGCUGGUGAUCGACGACAUCAAAAUGAACCGCAGCAUGAUGAAGCGGCGGAUAAAGAAAGCGAUCGCCCCUAAUGCCAUCAUCAAGGAAGCCGCAACGGGAGAAGACGCGUUGUUGAUCUGUGGGAGGGAAAAGUUCGACGUCGUGGUAGUGGAUCAGUUCAUGGAAGAAGCUGGUGGCGUGAUGGUAGGAACCGACGUUGUCUUUGCGAUGCGGAGGAUGAGAAUCGACUCUGUCAUCGUUGGGUGCUCCGGAAACGACAUUGGCACGCAGUUUUUUGAUGCGGGGGCCGAUAUGGUGUGGAAGAAACCCAUUCCCUCCAACGACGCGAUCAUAAGGGAUUUACGAACAGCGCUCACCAAGCGGAGUGACUCGGUCAAUUAGGAAUUAGCCUCAAUGGUACCGUACUGUGGGAUAGUACAUUGAGAGUUACCACAACGAGUACUAAUUAUUUGGAACUACAGAAAAAUAGUGGGACGCUUUCUUUCUCCCCUUGUAAGAUUGUGGGCGGUGCCUCUGCUAUUGUGUAGUAUUAUUUUGGUCAGUUUUUCUUGUUUUUUUCUGUUCUGUCAGGCUUGGCUAGAGAGUGGUAUUGCGAGUUAGAAAAAAUGGGCAUAUCAUAUGCUAGAUUGUGUAUUUCUGCUACGACACUGUACUGUAGACGAAUAUUUUGUGGCCAAAAUUCAGGGUCAAAAUUGUGAAAUUCUAUUAGGCUCCUUAGUGUACCGGUACGUGAAUACGAGGUUUACAAUAAAAAGUGAGGUUAUUGGUUAUUCACUAUCUAUUCGUGAUUUGGUGGUGGUUCAUGUCUCACAAAAAUUACUUCUUGUUGUGAGCCUAAAGCACGAAUAGCUGAUGUAAGCCUGAUGUUGCUCAUGACCUGCAAAAUGUACAUAUGCUCUUUAGUGUCGUAUAAUUACGUGUUUACAAUAAAGAGUGAGCUUGGUCUCUGUGACCCUGAAUAAGCUCACUCUUUCUUG